AUGGAUGAAAGAUACCCUUUUUCUACCUACUUUAUACUACUACUAAUAACCAUAACCCGUUUGAUAUCCACUGUGGGCAAAACAGAGUUAUGGACGACUCUGCUAACACCAGAGCUUGCUAGUGUUGACAAAAUAUCCCACAAGUUCCAUAACAACCCUGAAACCAUUCAAAUGGCUUCCAGGGACUACGGCAAUAUCGUGCAUGAAUUCCCAGCAGCAGUGUUUCAUCCAUCUUCUAUACACGACAUAGUAAGCUUGAUAAAAUCCUCAUACAAUAGCCAUGACCCUUUCAACAUAGCAGCAAGAGGCCAAGGUCACUCCACUAGUGGACAAGCCAUGGCUCGUGAUGGGGUAGUGGUUGACAUGGCCAGUUUCAGAAAACAAAGAAAUGGGGUUGUUAUUAGUGUCUCUAAGGACCCUUUGAUGGGUUAUUAUGCUGAUGUUGGAGGGGAACAACUAUGGAUUGAUGUGCUUCGCGCCACGCUUGACCAUGGACUUGCACCCGUUUCUUGGACUGAUUAUUUGUACUUGACCGUGGGAGGGACACUUUCCAAUGCUGGGAUUAGUGGCCAGACUUUCCGCUAUGGACCACAAAUCAGCAAUGUUCAUGAAAUGGAUGUAAUCACCGGAAAAGGAGAGUUCGUAACCUGCUCUUUACAGAAGAAUUUGGAGUUAUUUCAUGCGGUUCUUGGAGGUUUAGGACAAUUUGGAGUUAUAACAAGGGCGAGAAUUGCUCUUGAGCCAGCACCCAAAAGGGUUAAGUGGGUCAGACUACUUUAUAGUGACUUUUCUGAUUUCACCAAAGACCAGGAACGAUUAAUCUCAAUCAAUGGAAGGAAACAAAAGACUGCAUUGGAUUUUUUGGAAGGAAUGCUGCUGAUGCACCAAGGCUUCAUAAAUAAUUGGAGAUCCUCUUUCUUCCCUCUAUCUGACCAUCCUAGAAUAGCUUCUCUAAUAACUAAACAUAGCAUCCUCUAUUGCCUUGAAGUGGCUAAAUAUUAUGAUGACCAAUCCGAGAAAAAUGUGAACAAGGAACUUCAAGACUUGCUCCAAGGACUAGCAUAUAUCCCUGGAUUUUAUUAUGAGAAAAAUGUCACAUAUGUUGAGUUCUUGAAUAGAGUCCGAAGCGGGGAGUUGAAGCUUCAGUCACAAGGACUGUGGGAUGUUCCUCACCCAUGGCUUAAUUUGUUCGUACCAAAAUCUCAAAUCUUUGAUUUUAAUUCUGGCGUAUUCAAAGAUAUAAUUCUUAAAAGAAACAUCUCCAAUGGACCUGUCUUGGUUUACCCCAUGAAUAGAAACAAGUGGGACGAUAGGAUGUCAGCACCUAUUCCAGAUGAGGAUGUUUUCUACACAGUUGGAUUUCUGCACUCAAGUGGGUUUGAUAAUUGGAAGGCAUAUGAUGCUCAAAACAGGGAAAUUUUGAAGUUUUGUAGAGAUGCUGGCAUUAAGGUUAAGCAAUAUCUUGCCAACUACAACACACAGGAAGAUUGGAAAAACCAUUUUGGUGCUAAAUGGAGGAGUUUUUUAGAAAGAAAACAUCAGUUUGAUCCUAGAAUGAUUCUAUCACCUGGACAAAAAAUCUUUGACAACAGUUAUAAGCAGCUUUUUAAAUAUUUUCCUCAAUGA